UGCGGCGGCCGGCGCUUCCCGGCGGUGGGUUAUAUAGCGCGGAGCGCGGUGCUACCUCAGAGCCGGCUGGGAACGCUCCGACUCGCGGGCGUAGCUACGGCGCGGAGCCCGGUGCCCGAGUGACAGCGGCGCGAGUGCGGGGCAGGGGACCCGAGCCGCGCCGGCAGCUCGAGCGGUUGGCAGCCCUCGCGUGCGCCCCGCGAGUCGGCCCUUCCCGGCUCUGCCCGCGCCCUCCCGCAACUUGAGUCAAGUUGACAACUCCCGCGUCCCGAGGCACCCGCUCGGCGCACCCCUGUCCUAGGAGGACGGGGAGCCGCCGCCGCAGCGCCGGGGACGUUCGGGCGGCGGCGCCUUGGCCAUGAGGGCAGCGCGCGUCGCCUAACUCGCGGCUGUCACCCGCCGCUGCAGCGGGACCGGACCGCCGGGCUCCGUGGGACGAACAGGCGGCCGCCAGCAGGAGGCGCCGAGCCGGGAGGCAGCAGCGGCAGGCACAGCCCGUGGCCACUGCGCCGAGCCCGGGGCGGAACUGGCCCCGCGCAAUCCAGCCCCGCAGCACCUCGGGGGCGGACUCCGGGCGCAGCCUUCGCGUCCGGAUCGCGGUGACAAGCACCCCCGGGGCCAGGAGCUGGGCUGUCUGGCGCAGGGAGAGUGAGGACACGGGGCUGGGCUCCUGCGGGACCCGGGGCGUCGCGAUGAACAUCGUGGUGGAGUUCUUCGUGGUCACUUUCAAAGUGCUGUGGGCGUUCGUGCUGGCCGCGGCGCGCUGGCUGGUGCGGCCCAAGGAGAAGAGCGUGGCCGGCCAGGUGUGCCUCAUCACGGGCGCGGGCAGCGGCCUGGGCCGUCUCUUUGCUCUCGAGUUCGCCCGGCGCCGGGCGCUGCUGGUUCUCUGGGACAUCAACACGCAGAGCAACGAGGAGACCGCAGGCAUGGUUCGCCACAUCUACCGGGACCUGGAGGCGGCGGACGCUGCUGCUCUGCAAGCUGGGAAAGGUGAGGAGGAAAUCCUGCCCCCGUGUAACUUACAGGUUUUUACCUACACUUGUGACGUGGGGAAGAGAGAGAAUGUCUACCUGACAGCUGAAAGGGUCCGCAAGGAGGUUGGCGAGGUCUCGGUCCUGGUCAAUAAUGCUGGUGUGGUUUCUGGACAUCACCUUCUGGAAUGUCCUGAUGAGCUCAUUGAAAGAACCAUGAUGGUCAACUGCCACGCACACUUCUGGACCACUAAGGCCUUUCUUCCAACGAUGCUAGAGAUUAAUCAUGGCCACAUUGUGACGGUUGCGAGCUCCCUGGGACUGUUCAGCACUGCUGGAGUUGAGGAUUACUGUGCCAGUAAAUUUGGAGUUGUGGGUUUUCACGAGUCUCUGAGCCAUGAGCUAAAGGCUGCUGAAAAGGACGGAAUUAAAACAACUCUGGUUUGCCCUUACCUUGUAGACACGGGCAUGUUCAGAGGCUGCCGAAUCAGAAAAGAAAUUGAGCCCUUUUUGCCCCCUUUGAAGCCUGAUUACUGUGUGAAGCAGGCAAUGAAGGCUAUCCUCACUGACCAGCCCAUGAUCUGCACCCCCCGCCUCAUGUACAUCGUGACAUUCAUGAAGAGCAUCCUUCCUUUUGAAGCUGUCGUGUGCAUGUAUCGAUUUCUAGGAGCGGACAAGUGUAUGUAUCCCUUUAUUGCUCAAAGAAAACAAGCCACAAACAAUAAUGAAGCAAAAAAUGGAAUCUAAGAGUGUUUUUGUAAGGAGUGCCGUUUCUAUCAGGAUAGGUGGUCCGUGCGCAUCAAGCAGUACUAACAGUCUGGAUUCUAACCCCAUGCCGACUCUUUUUUUUUUUUUUUUUUUUUUCUAAUCAACUUUUUAAAAAAUAAAGUGUAAAUUAACUGACUAGUGUGCUUGAAAACUGUGAGCUUGGGUUUUUGCCAAUGGGGUCUUUUUUAGACAGGGCCCUAAAAAUGAGUCCAAUAUUUAGACAAACAUUAUGUGACAUCAUUAUUUUUUUAAUGAACAUAAAGUCUAGCAAUGAUGACUACAAUGUGUUUCACGUGGGUCCCCACAGAACUGAUUCAUUCAUUAUCGUGGAAGCCCAGCCAGCUGACACCUUACGCAUUCAAGGAGCAUUCAAGGACCGACAGUGUCGUGCUCUGUUGUAUUCUCAGUUCUUCUCCUGCAAGCUUGGGUGGCUUGCUCAUGGUGUCUGGAUUUUUUGAUGUCAGUUUGAGAUCAGCGCAGUCUGAGCAUCACAGUGAAGGCCACCAGUCUCUUAAACUUACAGUGACUAAAUAUUGGGUGAUUUUUAAAUUCAGUCUCUGAAAUACUAAAUUGAAUGUUUAGAGACCUGGUUAAUCCACGUUUGUACAUUUUCUACCUGUGAAUCUUGCUGCAUAUAGAAAGUGCCCUUUCCUCACGGAGCUGCAAACUUGUGUUAGGGGAGGAAGUUGGGGACCUUGUCUACAGGACACAGCAGCUCCACAAAGAUAAUGGGAAUUUCUGCAUUAAAAAGUCCCCAUACUUGUGCCAACUUUGAUUAGCAUGGGGAGCAAAUCUUAAAUGGAGUGUUGUGGAAGGGUGGAAAGAUUUCUUUGAAAGGUUUAUUCACAUUGUAGAACAGCAAAUGACAUUUUUACAGUAUUUUUUUGUAAAGCAAACUAUUUUGUGCCUUGAAUUUGGUAUAUGUGUAUUAGUGAAACAUGGUAAAAGUGAAUUUCUACCUCUGUAUCUAUGUGUUCCAUCGUCUUGUAAAUUACUAUGAACUAUUAUGUGAUUGCUUCUGUUCGUUUGUUCUAGGGUGUCUUUUUUAAAUAGUGACCAAUGUUUAAGGCUGUUAAAAUAAGCCAACUUUUACAAAUCGGGACGUUUUCUAAAGAUCUGAUUAAAUCCGUACAUAACUGAG